CCACCACAAUAACUCAAUUACCAGUCCUCCUCCAUUUCAUUCCCUUCAUCCACCAUAACUAACACAAACAUCGCAGAAAGAGAAGCAUGAUGGCCAUAACCCGAAAGGACAUGGAUCGGAUCAAGGGCCCAUGGAGCCCGGAAGAGGACGAGGCCCUGCAGAAACUGGUGGAGAGGCACGGGCCCAGAAACUGGACGUUAAUCAGCAGGUCCAUUCCGGGACGGUCCGGGAAAUCCUGCAGGCUCCGAUGGUGCAACCAGCUAUCUCCUCAGGUGGAGCACCGGGCCUUCACGCCCGAAGAAGACGACACAAUAAUCCGGGCCCAUGCCCGCUUCGGCAACAAGUGGGCCACCAUAGCUCGCCUUCUCUCGGGCCGAACCGAUAACGCCAUAAAAAACCACUGGAACUCCACCCUCAAGCGCAAGUGCGCUUCCAUCGUCAUCGCAGACGAUCCAACCACCGCCGCUGCCGGUGGUUUCAGCCCGCAGCCGCUCAAAAGGUCUGUCAGCGCCGGCGCAGCGGUGCCGCCGGGAAGCCCCUCCGGAUCCGAUGUUAGUGAUUCCAGCGCUCCCGGAGCGGUGUCUCCGUCGUACGUGUUCCGGCCCGUGCCGGUUCGGCCGGCUGUGGAAACGACGUCGUCUUGCGACGACGGACCUCCAACCUCGCUGUCGCUGUCUCUUCCCGGCGUGGACUCAUCGGAAGUGUCGAAUCGGGCGACGGCGGUGCCGGCAAAUCCCUUGCCGGUGAUGCCGGUAACUGCUGUAACGGCUCAGUUGGCGGCGCCGGAGGUAGGGUUAGGGGCGUUGAAUUUGAGUGCGGAGUUUAUGGCGGUGAUGCAUGAAAUGAUAAGGAAGGAGGUGAGGAGUUACAUGGAGCAGCAGAAUGGGAUGUGUUUUCAGGGUGUUGAUGGGUUUAGGAACGUGUCGGUGAAGCGAAUUGGGAUUAGUAGGGUCGAUUCCUAAUCCAAGGGAUUAGAACGUAAUUAGUGUUCCUAUAAUGAAAUUUCGGAUAAGUGAACAAAAAAAAAAGGAAGCUAUUUUCCUUUUGUUUUUAGGCAAUAAUAGUGUACAGUGGGAGCGAGAUGAGAAUGGAGGAACAGCAUGGAGUGAUGGAAUUUGAAAUUUCAUGGCAAAUCUGAAAUUUCUGCGCGUUUAGCCUCUAGAUUAGUCCUGUCCUUCAGGCUUAGUUUAGUUGGAGAACAGAUAAACGUGGUUCGGAUGAUAAAAUGA